GGCCCUCUGGUCCUCCGAAUUACGAGCGACCACCAGAUGUCUGGCGAAACGUUGACCAGGGCUGAUGUCCUAACAGCCCCUGCGGCAAGGAGGAGAUUAGCGGCCAGGAAACUGGAGAUGGCGGCUGCUGCAGUCUCUGCAGGAGUUGAACACCAUCAUCAUCAGAUGACGACCGAGAAUCUGACGGACUAUGUGCCGCCCAGGCAGCUGCUAAUGUACUUGAUCAGGAUGGGCAGCUUCAACUCCUCCCCCAAGAUCUUGAACAGUGACUGCCAGGACGAUGACUUUCGGCUGCCAUCGCGUAAAAUGUCGCUGUCAUCGGUGGUAGAAUAUUGUAAACAGAAGAGGAACGGACUGCCGGAGCUGCUGGGGCGUGAAUAUGCACCCCUGGGCACCAACGCCCUGGUGCAGCAAAAGUCCUCCAGGUUUUUCAAUGAAGAGAUAUGCACACUCAGCACUGAUAAAGUUUGCCUUCCGUUCUCAAAUACUGGUGUGCUCCGUGUUUUUCAAUGGAAUGUUUUAUCGCAAGCUUUGGGUGUGCACGGUGAUGGAUUUCUUCUGUGCCCUGCCGAAGCACUGGAUUGGCACACGAGAAAAUACGGGAUGCUCCAAGCAAUUUUGGAAACACGGCCGGAUGUCGUUUGCUUACAGGAAGUCGAUCACUUUAACUUCUUGCAACGGUCCUUAGGAUCUUUAGGAUACAACGGGAUGUUUAGAGAGAAACCAGACUCACCUUGUUUGUACAUGCCCGACAACAAUGGACCUGAUGGAUGCGCUAUAUUCUAUCGUGAAGAUAAAUUAAGACUUCUCAAAGCCGAUACAAAAAUUUUGGAAAUCUGGAAGAUGCCCACGAACCAGGUGGUAAUAGCAGCCACUUUCAAAGUGCUGGAUACUGAUGACGAGAUUUGCGUUGCAACCACACAUUUGAAAGCGAGAAGGGGUUCCUUGAUGAACAAACUGCGCGACGAGCAAGGUAAGGAUUUGCUAGAGUUUGUGAAACAACAUUGCGACAACAAACCGUUGGUUUUAUGUGGUGAUUUCAAUGCCGAACCCGAAGAACCCGUAUACCAAAGGAUACUGUCGCACCAAGAACUAGGUUUGGCUAGCGCUUACGCCGAAAUGGCGUCGUAUCCAUUAGGUUGCCGCCCGGAUCUGCCUCGGGAGCGAGAACCGCCCUACACGACGUGGAAGAUCCGCGAGGAGGCCGAGGAAUGUCACACCAUUGACUACAUAUACUACUCAAAAAACGCAUUCUCCGUCGAGGCCGGUCUUCUCUUCCCGUCAGAGAGGGAAAUCGGUCCAGCUAGGUUGCCUUCGUAUUCCUACCCGUCAGAUCACAUGUCGCUAAUGUGCGAUCUAAGAUUGAGUAAAGAGGAUUGAUAUGAAGCUAUAAACGAGCAAAACAUAUCUGCAUACAGAUAUAUAUUCUCAUAUUUUUUGCAUCUCAAUGUUUCUUCAAAUCUCACGCGAGAUAUUUUUCAACAUCUCACGUGUGAUCUUACACUAG